AGACUGGACUGGAUGGCACGCACGUCGAAUCAUACUCGACUCUACAUCUCCAUUCGCAAUCAUUGUGAACCUCGAAGCUAUAUAUAUCACCCUGACACCCAUUGUGGUCCCUUUCUAACAAAGUCUCCAUCUUUCACUCGAACCCCUUAUAUAACUCCAAACUUCUCGAAUAAUGGACAAGAACAUCCCCACCAGCAAACUCACCACCGACGCGGGCAUCUCGUCCGAUACCGCCGGCCAGCCCACCUCGGGCGCCGCGUCCUCGCUGAACAAGGCGGAGACGGGCGGCACGACGGGCACCGCGUCCUCCAAAGGCACUCAGGGGAAGAGCGCAAUGGACAAGGGGCUUGAGACCAUGGGGAAUAAGAUGGCUGGGCAAGGUGGAGUUUUUGGGUCGAUGGGACAGAAGAUGAGGGAGAUGGGUGGUGGGAAGGAGGGCGAGCAGGUGAGUACUCCCAUUUCCAUGUCUCAGGAGAAAUGGUUACAUGAGUAAAUGGCAGUGGUGGAAGAGGAAGAUUACUGACGAAAUUUAGGGGUCUGGGAUGAAUCCUCCGAACCAGUAUUCAAGAUAGGAUGGAGAGGAGUUCCACAUCCUGAGCUGGGAGCGAGACGGUUAUGGAACUCGUUGUUAUGAGAGAAAAUCUAAUUGCCGUCGAGAUUAUGUAUGCGAAAGCAACUCUAGAACAUUUUGGUCCCGCACACGCCUAUUCAAAGCCGUAACGAUCUUCAAUUGUAUAUCAAACCUAUGAAAGGAGACAUUGUCGAGGUGCUACUGUUUGUACCCCGCCUCUGUGGCCACAUUCUCCGAGAGAGUUACCCCAGAUCCGCGGACCUACCUUCCAUGACUUC